UAUGUCAAUACCAUUUUUAAAUUGUUGGUAAGACCGCACUUCGUGUUAACUGUUAGUAUGUGACAGUGACAAUACAAUUACACAAAAGUAAUUAAUAAUUUAUGUUUGAAAUUCCUCAAUGUAACUCGUAACAAUGUUAAACGACAUAAAAUAAUUAUUUAUCAAUAUAUUUGUCGUAAUGUUGUGCUUAUUCCAAACAAUAGUGAAAUGCAUUCUAUGAUUGCUAUUUAAAUCGACAUAAUCUGGAAAAUAAGUCAGAAUGGAUAAAAGCGCUUACGAGACUUAUGAGUACCUGCCAAGCAAUAGUACAGAUAAUGAUGCUAAUCAAUUUUUCGUCGUUCAAGAUGAUGGCACAUUUCUUUCUGUUAAUAGACCUGUCCAGUAUUUAACUCAAGUUGAAGAUGUUAAAGAGGUACUAGACGGAACACAACCCUGUGCUGUGUAUGAUGUCACCCCACAACAGUUUUAUGUUGAUGUGGAUAAUUCAGCUGAACUCAUUUCUGUAUCUGAUCAAUUUGUUAUACCAGAAGGCGAAAGCAAUAUGUAUGCAAAUAGUUACUUGCUGCAAGCAGUAGAAAAUGACAAGGAGGAACAGAUGGAUCAAGAUAAUGUUGAUGAAGAAAAUAAAGAAAUAUCAGAAGCUAAUGAAAGUGCAACUCUUGAAGAUGUAGAUGAAAAUACUGAGAGCAAAAACGAUGAUUGUACUGAGAUAACUCUUAGUGAUGAGCAGUAUCAACUCUUAGAGAAAAAAGGUUGGAUAUUAUUAGAAAUAAGUGAAAAAAUAUUUUUGUUGGAUAAUAUGGGACUACAUGACAUCACAGAAGAGGAAAAAUUAAUCGAAAAGUUGAAACAAGAAAUUCAAGCUGAUAACAAUGAAGAGGCCCUUGCAAGCUCUAUUAAAACAGAAAACGGAGAUGUUUCUUACGAGAACUCAGAAAUAGUAUAUGAAAAAUUAGAAAAUGAACAAAGUGUGGAAGAAUUAGUGAACUAUGUAAUUGAGGAUGAAGGUGUGGAUAAUGAAAACUCACAGGAUACAUCAUCCUAUUAUGACCAUGAACAAGAUAAAAGUAGGCCUGAGAUAAUAUACGAAGAAGAAUUAACUGAAAAUGGACAUCUAACAUCUGCUCAGUCUCCACAUGACUAUGUUAGACUUAAUUCUGUAAAAAACACAUCAGUUAGAAGAGAUAGUAAUGCUCUUAGAAUAAAAACAAGCUUUUCUUUUAAAGACAUUCCACCUCAAAUAGUAUUAGGUAGAACUAUACAUGGUAAAAAGUUAGUGGCAAGUGUGAAGACAGAAAAAGCCUAUAAUACAAGUAGAACUUCAAAACAAUCAAAUUCAUUAAAAACUGGACAGGAUGCCCAGCAAUUACAGCCAUGUAAUACAGGUUUGGACGAAACCAAAUUUGACAAUUUAAUUCAAGAAGCACUAUGUGGUAAUGCUGAAAAAUGUAGCAUGAAAGAUGUUACUGCAGCAGAAAUUGUUGUGGAGCAACUAUUACGUGUACCUGCCUUCAAACCAACUGUUAUGGAAAGACGCUUGCUCAUUACUAAGGUAGUCAUACAAGAAUAUGAACAAUCUGGUCAAAUGUAUGUAGAGACCAUCCCCACACUAGUACCUGGCCAGGUUGUAAAGAAUGGUGCCAAAAUAGGUUUCAUGUAUUUACCUGAUAUGCUACGAAUGUCUCUUGAAGAUGAAGAAAAUGAUGAUUUGAACCAAAGAAAUAGAGAUGCUGAUGAUGAAAAUUUCUUGCAUAUUCAUAUAAGAGAAAUGAAAGGUGUUGAUGGGAUUACAAGAAUUUCAAUAACACUGAACAAAAGACAUAUUCCAUUGAGAGAAAUGAGCGAUGUUAAUAUUCGUCAAAAACUGGUAUAUGCAUGUAGUGCCUGUGCAGCUGUGUAUAAAACUGAGGAAGGACUUCGAUUGCAUCAAGAGACUGAAUGCAUGGAGACAGAUGAUAUGUUAACUAUAGAUGCAGAAAACUCAAAUAAUUCAUAUACAAUAGUCAAUUCUGGUAAAGACAAACAAUAUAUGUGUAACCAAUGUCAUUCCUUAUUUACAAAACUAAAUAACUGCCUCAAGCACAUAAAAACACAUUUUGAACAGGAAGAAGUAGAUGAUGGUUCUGAGAUUACACCUAAUCAUAGUAAAAAGUUCUUAAAAGGUGUCUUUAAAUGCAAAAUGUGUCCAAGUACAUAUUUUCAUGCAGCAACACUCUCAAAACACAUUGUGUCCAAACACAUAAAAAUUAAGACAAAAUAAUAAAGAAUUGACAUGAAGAA